UACAGAGUGGCCGAGUGAGGCGCGGACCGAGGACGAGAGCUUGUCGGACAUCUUCUGCUGUGUGUCCCGAGUGUGCGACAAUGUCCUGAAAUGCUGUAAAAUGUCAUGAAAUGUCCCGUGACGCGUAUGUGGGGGGCACCCGGUCUCCGCGAGGCGUGAGGCUGCCUACGGUGGACCGUUCCCCCAGCCGGGCCUACCCCGGUGGCAGUCCUCUAGGUCGAAAACCCUUGAGGCAGACGAGAUCGGGGAAUAAUUCUCCGGAGCACGGUUAUAGCGGGUAUCAUCACUCGUCGCCGUAUUAUAGGGAAGAGGACCUAGGGAGUCCUAUGUUGGAAGAUAGAGGCAGGCCCAUGACUGUCGGGCCUGGGCAUCAUCGCUCGAGGAGCGCUACAAGGCCCUCCAACCCUAUGUCUGUUAGAUAUCAGUCGUUAGAUCGAGGACCCACCAUGGACCACGAACGAGAAUUUUUACCAAUACGAGAUAGGCGAGAUAGGUCGCUGGACAGAGGCUUGUACUUUGAUGAUGAACCUUAUAGCUCUAGAUCAGCUCGGCAAUCCCCAACCUCCCACCAACCCUUCAUUGGAGAACUGCAACAUCAAAAUUCCGACCUGCAACGAGACCUUGCCAAUUUAAAAAAAGAACUAGAAUUAACCAACCAGAAACUAGGAUCGUCGAUGCAUUCCAUUAAAACCUUCUGGAGUCCGGAGCUGAAAAAGGAAAGGGCAUUGCGAAAAGAGGAGUCAGCCAAGUACAGCCUAAUCAACGACCAGCUCAAAUUACUUAGUAACGAAAACCAGAAACAAGCUAUGUUAGUACGUCAAUUAGAAGAAGAACUACGAAUGCGAAUGCGUGGACCAAGCAUCGAAAUUCAGCAACAAAUGGAAGCAUUAUAUCAGGAAAAUGAACAUCUAACAAGAGAAAUUGCAAUAUUACGAGAUACCAUCAAGGAACUGGAGCUUCGGAUAGAGACGCAAAAACAAACGCUUCAGGCCCGAGACGAAAGCAUAAAAAAAUUGUUAGAGAUGCUUCAGAACAAAGGCAUGGCAGCUCAAGCUAGGACUAAUGCUUUGGGUGUUGGGUCUGUUCCAGGUAAAGAGGAAGAACGACAGAUGUUCCAACAAAUGCAAGCUAUGGCUCAAAAGCAGCUCGACGAAUUCCGGGUGGAGAUUCAACGCAGGGACCAAGAAAUCCUCGCCAUGGGCGCCAAGAUGAAGACGUUGGAGGAGCAACACCAGGACUACCAACGCCAUAUCGCAGUUCUGAAGGAGUCGCUAUGUGCUAAGGAAGAGCACUACAAUAUGCUUCAAACUGACGUCGAAGAACUCAGGCAACGAUUGGAGGAGAAGAACCGCUACGCAGAGAAGAAAGCGCAGCAAUUUCAGCAGGAACGAGGAAGAGCUGGAGCUGAAAUAGCCGAGAUGAGAGAGCAUAUGGACAUCAAAGACAGAAAGAUCAACGUUCUACAAAGAAAAGUUGAAAAUCUGGAAGAUUUACUAAAAGAAAAAGAUAACCAAGUCGAUAUGGCUCGAGCAAGAUUAUCAGCUAUGCAGGCUCAUCAUUGUUCCUCUGAAGGAGCUCUUUCGUCUCUGGAAGAGGCGAUAGGAGAUAAGGAGAAGCAGAUGAAUCAGCUUCGUGAGCAAAGGGAUCGCGCCGAGCAAGAGAAGCAAGAGGAGCGAGAACUGCACGAACGAGAAAUAGCAGAGUACAAGAUGAAAAUACACGCACUUAAUAGUGAAGUUGAGAAACUUUCAGCUAGAUUAGAUAGAGCACAAAAUGACAGAGAUCGCUUGGAAGCGAAGUUGGAAAGUUCUCAAUCGGAGUUGGGAAAAUCCAAGGCCGAACUCGAUAAAGCCGCUGUUGAGGUUGGAAGGAGCGGUGCAGACUGGGAGGCGGCGAGGCAGCGAUUGACCCGAUUAGAACUGGAAAACGAACGUCUGAGAGGCGAACUCGAAAGAGCACAGACCACCACUACUACUAGUAGUUUCGGAAGAGUAACAUUUAGCAGCUCGCAUGAACUAGAUCGAAUGCAAGAAAGGGCUGACAAGACUUCAUCUGACCUAAGACGUUGUCAAGCUGAGCUCAGAGUAACUCAAGCGGACAGCGAAAGAGCACGUCAAGAGGCGACCGCUUUACAAGAAAAACUUGAAAAGUCUCAGGGGGAAGUAUACCGCCUCAAGGCCCGGCUAGAAAACUCUCAUCAAGAGCAGGAGAGUCUUCGGGAGGAAUUCGAGAGAGCGCAAUCCAGCACAGCCAAACUGCAUUCGGACAAAGAUCGAGCGUAUGCGGAAUUGGAGAAGGCUCGCGAAGAACUGGAGCGUACGUCGGCGACCUUGGGAAAGGCUCAAUCACAACAAGACAAACUACAGAACGCUCUAGACAAAGCACAGACCGAAGUGGACAAGUUGCAAGAAAAACUCGACAAGUCACUUGGAGAGACCAGAAGGAUACAACUGGAGAAAGAAAAAGUGUCAUACGACUUAGAGAACAUCCAAUCGCAAUUGGACAAGGUUCUCGGCCAGUCUGCUCGUCUGCAGAAAGAAAAAGAAUCGGCUCAAUUAGAGGCAGAUCGGCUGAGAGAUAAAGUGGAGAAAACUCAAACCGCUAUUUCGAGAAUUCAAAAAGAGAGAGACGGCUUCCAAGAUGACUGCGAAAAACUUAAAGAACGUGUGGAAAUGCAGCUUUCUCAAAUUUCAAAGGUACAGAGAGAAAGGGCCGAUAUCGAAUCUGAAUUGGACGUUCUUAAAGACAGAUGGGAAAAAACGCAUUCCACUCAACAAAAACUCCAAAUCGAAAGAGACGAUGCACUUUCCGAGAUUGAAUUAUUAAAAGAAAAACUAGAUAAAGCAAUCUAUACUUCACAGAAAGCGAUAGAUGAAAGAGAGAAUGUUCAUAAAGAAUUUGACAAGUUACUUGAAAAAUACGAUCGAUCGCAGGGUGACGUUUAUCGAUUACAAAACAAAUUGGAUACUGUUCAAGCCGAUAAAGAUCGACUCGAAAUAGAAUUAGAAAAGCAACAAAUUCACGCCACGAAACUUCGAGAAGAUCAACGAAAACUUCAAGAUGAAGUGACAAGAAUUCAAGAAAUGUAUGAUAGAGUCGCUAUGCAACUUGGAAGAUCUAAAGAAUUGGAAGAAAAAUCUAAAGAAGAACUAGAAAGAAUGAACAUCGAUAUAGAAAUGGUACGCGACCGAUACGAAAAAUCCCAAAUUGAAAUACGCCGAUUGCAAAGUGAAAAAGAAAAACUCCUCGCCGAUAACGAGAGAAUGCAGUACGAAAUCGAAAGAACGCACGGUCAACUUGGAAAACUACAAGCCAGUUACGAAAAAUCGCAAGAAGAAAGCGCCAGGCUUCAAGUAGAAGUAGAAAAAGCUCGAGAUAAACACGAUAAAUUACAAGUUGAGUUCAGGAAAAUUAUUGCUGAAUACGAUGCUUUACGUGAAUCUGUUGCUCCUGGAAGAGACAGGUUCUCUAAGUACGAUCGAGAUGAUAGGACCAGAGAUGAUAGUGAUCGACUGCGUGCUGAAAUUGACAGAUUAAGAGAGAGACUUGACAAGACGUUAGGAGAUUUAGACAGAUCUAGAAAAGAGCUUGCACAUCUAGAAACCACGAGAGGCAAAUUCACUUACGAACAAGAAAAAGAAAGAAACGCAGAACACGAGAGAAUUAAAGAUGACCUGCAGCGAACUCUUACAACAAACCAACAACUCGAAACCAAAUUACACGAAGUCAGUAUCCAAUUAGAUCUGGCAAGACAAGAAGUAGCCAAAGUAUCAGCCAGUCAAGAAAAGCAACGUCACGAAUUGGAACGCGCUGUUAUCGAAUGUGAAAAAUUACGAGACAGAUAUGAGAAAUUGAAACUACAGUCUGAUAAACUAGAAAAAGACAACGAAAAAUUGAGAAUGGAAGUUGCGCAAGCAGAACGGCGACAGACAUUAGCAGCAGAUAAAGUAAGAAAUGACGAGCGAUUAGAAAUAGAAAGGUUGAAAGAAAAAUUGGAAAAAGCCGUUCAAGCUCGCGAUGCUACUGAAUUAGAAGCUGGUAGACUUGCACAAGAACUCGAAAAAUCCCAACAACACUUAGCCAACGCCUUGCAAACUAAUGAAGCUACUAAGAUUGAAUUUGAACGCAUGGCAAACGAACUCGCUCGAAUGCACGAAAGAAUAGAACGCGACAAUUUGGAUUGGAAAACCAUGGAGCAAGAAAGAGACGUCCUUCGCGCAGAAGUCCAACAAAUCAGAAGUGGAAUGGAUACUCAACGAAGAACUAUUGAUCACAGGUCUCAAGAAACUAUUGUUAAAUUACAACAGGAGUUGGCGCAAAUAUCUAGAGAAAGAGAGAAAAUGAUUGCAAUGCUUGACAAACAAGGUCGUCAGGGAGAAUCUAUUGAAAAACAAAUAAUCAAAUACGAAGCCGACAUAAAGCAACUCACUAUGGAACGAGACCAGCUGGUAAUGCAACUCGAAAAAUCUCAAGACAUGCUAAUGAACUUCCAACAAGAACUAAACCACAGCGAAUCGGAAUUAGAAAAACAAAAAGCCGAAGUAGCGCGACUGAAAAGCGAACAAAAGAAAAUGUCGCAAGAUAUCGAAAGAGGCACCAAAGACGUCAUCGAAAAUAGAGACAAAGAAAUCACUAAAUUACAACAACAACUUCAAGUCAUACAAAAAGAACGAGAUACGCAUCGUCAAAGAGCCGAUAAAGCAGAAAAACUUCUACACGAAUCCGGCGCGAGAGGCGACUCAGAAUUGGAGCAAUGGAGGAAAGUUGUUCAACAGGAAACCGAUCGGGCGGAUCAGGCGGAGAAGACAGCUCAAGAUUUGCAGAAACGAAUACAAGUUAUGGAAAAGCAGUUGCAACAGCAACUUCAACAAAUGGCGCUGUACCAGAAAGAACGAGGAAUACAACCGGCUCCGCAAGAUGACAAGGAGACAGCGCGGUUAAGAAAAGAAUUAGAGAAAGCGUAUACGGAAGUUAAAAAUUCUACGACAGAAAAAGAAAGGCUGCAAUCGCAGCUUGAGAUGUUGGUACAAGAGUUGGAGAGAAACCAGUUGGAACUUCAAGAAGCUCACAAAAAAGCAGCUGCUGUCACUGCUCAAAAACCAGGCGAAGAUUUAUCUGCGCAGAAACGACAGCUCGAUGAAGAGAGGAGGAAAAUAGAAGACGCCAGAAAACAGUUCGAAGAACAAAGGAGAAUCGUAGAAAACAAGAGUAGACAAGUAGAAGAUAAAGAAAGAGGCUUAGCUGAAUUAGAUAAACAAUUACACAAACAAAAGCAGCAAUUGGACCAAUUACAAAAUUCACUGCAAAAAGCUGGUGGAAAUGCUGCUGCUAUGGGCGAUCUAAAUAAGAAGUUAGCUGAUGCCGAAAAGAAGAUGGAACAAGCACAGGAAGAAGCCAAACGGUCAGCGACCGAAAUGGAGAGGCUGCUUCAACUAGUUCAAAUGAGCCAAGAAGAACAGAACGCGAAAGAAAAGCAAAUUUCAGAUUUGCAACAGGCACUUAAAAAUGCACAGGCAAAAUUGAAGAGUCAACAACAAGCACAACAACAAGAGGAACACGGAAACAGUAUUAUGCGAACAAGAGACUGCAAGUUAGACGACAAUUACGUCAGCCACCUGGAGUCCGCGCUGAAAUCCUCCGAAGAAGCUCUCCAAGAGAACAAACACGAAAAACAAAUUUUAGAGGUUAAUCUAAAGCGAAAAGAUGAAAUUAUUACCGAAUUGAGGAAUAACAUGAUGAAUACCACGGAUCAAAUGAAAAUCGAAAUUGAAAAUCGUUUUUCCAAUGAGAAAGAAAUGAAACUAAAAAUACUUGAUGAAGACGAACAUAAUAAAAAGGUAGAAAAGGAUAGAAGAAUAAGAGAACUCGAGAGUGCUCUUAGGGAGACUAUUAAACUUUCUACAGAAAGAGAAAUGGUGCUGAUACAAGAAGAAAAAAAGAGACAUCAAAUAAUGCAAAAAGUUUACAAGUUAGAACAGAGACUUCUAUCGUUACAGUCUGCACAAGCUUUAAGAUGUCAUUCAUGUAAACCUUACGUAUCUAGGAUGACAACACUAGAAUCUAAAUUCGCUCAGCUCAUAGGCGAAAGGAAGAAAAAUUUACAAGAAUUAGCUCACAUGAAACGUGAAGCUUUGGAAUCGGCUAUUAGUGAAAAAGAUGCUCAUCUUGCGUUGCUGGAAAUAUCUGGAAUACGAAGUGCCCAUCAGUCCGAAGAGGUAGAUCGUCUUCGAAUGGAUAAAAGGCGGCUGUUGGACAAACUCAAACAAGAGGCAGAGUUAAGUGUUUCCAUUGAAGAAGAAUUGGGCGAGAUCAGUGAGCUUCCCAUCUCAGUAAUUCCAAGCGAAGAAAUCGAUUUGACUUAAACAAAGUGACAUAAAUUGAUACUUCCAGUGAUCUCAGCAAUAAAAACGAAUAUUAGAAAAGUUACAAUUCGGCAAAAUAUUUGUUGACACAAAUCGGACAAAUUGUAUCGAUUUUUGAAAAAAAGCACUGCCUUUUAAAUAAAUAAACUAAUUAAAAAAAUACGAACUCUGGAUGUGUAUGUGCUAGAUCUAAAGUUGUUAAUUGUUUUUUGUCAAACUUAGAUAUGACAAUAAUUAAGGAAUGGGGCAUAAUUGUUGAAAAUUUCUAGAUAGGUUGUGUUGAUAUCGCAAAAUCACUUUAAAUUCGCUAUCUCCCUAUACCUACGUAUCUCAUAAAAAAUUCCUAAUUAUAAUGUAUGAGAUGUGUUUCGGGAUCUUGUAUAAAUCCAAUAAUAUUUUACAGUGACGUUCUUGACGUAAAUACUCGUUGUUAAAGGGCCCAAUUUUUUGUUACAUUUUAUUAAAAAAAAAACAAGUAUCGAGAGCGAAACAUAUAGAAUAGAAGCACGGGUUUAUAUUUAGAAGAUUAAUUAUAUUUUCUUUGAUUGAUCACAAAAUAUGUAUCUAAAAUGAUUAAAUAAUAAAAAAUAGUCACAUUAUAGAUGCUGUAGACUAGAACUAUAGAUUCAAGAGUUUAGAUCUUUUUUCAAAGCAAUUGGAAGACUUUUCUGCAUUUGUUCUUUAUAUAUCUCAUCCCCAUCGUCUAGUUUGUGAUCCAAAAUUGCUCUCAGAUAUUUAAUAAUAUCGAACUCUUCAAAUUUGAGUGCUAAUUUUUAAUUAAAUCAAAUUCCA